GUUAACUGUAUCCACAGUAAUGGCUGCGGCCUUACCCAGGACCCUGGGGGAGUUGCAGUUGUAUAGAAUAUUGCAAAAAGCCAAUCUGCUUUCUUAUUUUGAUGCCUUUAUCCAACAAGGUGGUGAUGACGUCCAGCAACUCUGUGAAGCUGGAGAAGAGGAAUUUUUGGAAAUCAUGGCACUGGUGGGCAUGGCUAGCAAGCCCCUUCAUGUUAGAAGGCUACAGAAGGCUUUGAGAGACUGGGUUACAAACCCUGGCCUUUUCAAUCAGCCACUGACUUCCCUUCCUGUCAGUAGCAUACCUAUCUAUAAAUUACCGGAGGGAUCACCUACGUGGCUGGGAAUAUCCUGCAGCAGUUAUGAAAGGAAUAGCAAUGCCCGGGAACCUCAUUUAAAAAUCCCCAAAUGUGCUGCUACCACCUGUGUGCAGAGCUUGGGGCAGGGGAAGUCAGACAUGGUGGGGAGCUUAGCACUGCAGAGUGUUGGUGAGUCCCGGCUCUGGCAGGGUCACCACGCUACGGAGAGCGAGCACAGUCUCUCCCCAGCAGAUCUUGGCUCGCCUGCGUCCCCGAAGGAGAGCAGCGAGGCCCUGGAUGCUGCUGCUGCACUCUCUGUGGCUGAGUGUGUGGAGCGCAUGGCCCCCACCCUGCCAAAAAGUGACUUGAAUGAAGUGAAAGAGCUGCUAAAAACCAAUAAGAAGUUGGCUAAAAUGAUUGGUCACAUCUUUGAGAUGAGCGAUGAUGAUCCACACAAAGAGGAGGAAAUUCGGAAAUACAGUGCAAUAUAUGGCAGAUUUGACUCAAAGAGAAAGGAUGGAAAACAUCUCACACUUCAUGAGCUCACUGUUAAUGAAGCAGCUGCUCAGCUCUGUGUGAAGGAUAAUGCCCUGCUGACACGAAGAGAUGAACUUUUUGCCCUGGCUAGGCAGAUUUCUCGAGAAGUCACCUACAAAUAUACUUACAGAACCACCAAGUCAAAAUGUGGUGAAAGAGAUGAAUUAUCCCCAAAGAGAAUUAAAGUGGAGGAUGGGUUUCCAGACUUCCAGGAUUCUGUGCAAACACUCUUCCAACAGGCACGAGCUAAGAGCGAAGAACUUGCAGCUCUUAGUUCACAGCAGCCUGAAAAGGUGAUGGCAAAGCAGAUGGAGUUCCUGUGUGCCCAAGCUGGCUACGAGAGACUGCAGCAUGCGGAGAGAAGACUGUCUGCCGGGCUGUACAGGCAGGGCUCUGAGGAGCACAGCCCCAACGGCCUGCCUGCCGAGAGCUCCGACGGCCAAGGAGAAAGACCUUUGAAUCUCCGAAUGCCUAAUUUACCUAACAGACACCCUCAUCAUUUUGUGGUGGAUGGGGAGCUGAGUAGGCUUUACUCUGGGGAGGCCAAAUCCCACUCGUCAGAGAGUCUUGGCAUUCUAAAAGACUACCCUCACUCAGCUUUCACUUUGGAGAAGAAAGUCAUCAAAACAGAGCCUGAAGAUUCAAGAUAGCUGGGAUUCCUACGCUGUUCUCUGGAAAUGGCAUCAGAUUUAAGGAUCAUGCUCCAUCAUAGAAAUAAGCCUUAAUAACCGAUGUUGCCUCAUUCAGCUCAAACAGAUUUCAUAGCCAAAGCAUAAGGACUUCUUCAGUAGUUUGUGGAAACCAGGAAGACAAAACAGCAGCCACAAAAGAGAAAAUCAAGAGAGUGCUGUAAUCUGUAACAAAUACUGAUCCAUUCACAUUCCUGUGUAAGUUGCUUUAUGUGGAAAGGCUUACAAGUUAAUAUUGUAAGCAAUCAUUAUUUAAGAAUGUAAAAUGUAUUUGUGUAAUUUAUAGAAUUAAAAUCUAGAUGUCCAGACCUGUUUGGUCAGUCUAGUAGAUGUGGAUGCAGUUUAUUUUACUUGAAAUUUUGUUGUCUACUUUAAGUGUAUUUAGCGUAAAUAUUAUACAUCAGAGUUUAGGAUCUUUGCAUUCAAAAAAGAAAGUUUAAGUGACGUAGUUAUUGGCAAGGUUGCAAUGACUAGAAAAAUAGAAAACAAAUACUCAAUUUAAGCUAAGGAAAAUAUUGUGUAUUUAAUAUUUGAUAAAACUGAUUUUGUUUAAUAGGAAAAUGUGUAGCAUUUAUUCAGUAAUGUCAUUUUCACUGGUUUAAUCAGUGCACAUAUACACAAUGUUGAAGGAAAGUUAAAAGUGAGUAGCGUAGAAAAUACAUCCUACCUAACUGACCCAGAUUGGACUACAUAACAGCUACUAAGGAUGCAGCAAAGAGAGGAAGCUACUACCUGGACAGAGAACUUGAAACAAAUGGACUAAUGUAUAAAAGCCUUGAUUUAAACAUGAUACUUCAGAAUGUGCUAAAUAGAUUAAGACAUAGUUAACUUCAAAUGUGACAGAGAUGGUAACUUAACACAGCUAUGAGAGAGUCUGUGUUUUAUAUCCAGAAAUUCUUCUCCCUGUGCAAGAGCCGCAGAAACGCAGUGGCUCUCACGGGGAUGCCUCACCGCCAGGACGCCACAGGCGUGCGCUUUCCCUGCGUCCACGUUUGCAGACGUGGCUCCGUGGAAGCGCAGUUAACAGCUACAACUCAGUAUUUAUUUGCAGGUCCAUUUUUGGAUAUCUCCCAGGUUUUUUAAUGUGGUUUUUUUGUAAAAUUUAUUCAGCUUGACACUAUGUUUUAAAUUUCCCCUGUUCCAUUAGUGGACUAUGUGCAUAUAUUUUUUUCUAUAUGUGAAGAUAUAUUUAAAUGUCAGUGUACUGAUAUAAUUAUGAGAAUUUCACAUUUGAAUAUAGCGGUACAAAAAAAAUACAAAUCCAACAUCUGCCAAUAUACAUCUAUUUCCUGCUGGUUUAAGAAAAGAUAUUUGACAGUUUACCUGUUUCCUACAGAUCUACCUAACCCAGUUACUGCCAAGAAGGGUGUAUCGACAUAGUAUAUGUCUGUCUUUAGUUCUGCUUCAGAUCAUAACUGUGUAAUAAAUACUAAGUCAUACCCUGUUACACUGAAAUUCGUCAGCCAAAUGUUCAGUGUCUGCACUGUGGUCUCUGAUCACUGUCACAUGUAGAAUUGCUUUUUAUUCUGAUACAUAGGAGAGCUUUACAGUAGAAACACCGGUAAACAACUUUUAUACUAUUAAAAGGCGUUUCUCCCUUCCUGAAUGUUUUAAUUGUACCAUAGCAUUUUGCCUACUGAACAAGUUUCUUGUGGACCUUGCAACUUUGUUGCUAGUUUGAAGUUGAUUCUUGUGGUUGUGUCAUUAACUGUGUGUAAAGUGUAGUACGUGUACGACCUAAAUAGAUUGUUCAGUUUUUAAUAUUAGCCAUAGCACUGGUUAGUAUCUCAGUAGUUUCAUGAAACGUUUUCUGUAUUCUAAUCUAUUUUGAGAAAUUUUGUGGUCUUUUUUUUAAUUGUGUCUUAUAGUUCAAGUUUGUAGGUUUUAAUAAGAAACAGUUUUUAAAGAUGCAAUAAACUUCCAGCUACUAUUUAUCCAUCUUUCGUGGGCCCACAAACUGCAUCUUUAAGUCAUAAAUAAGUUUCCUUAAGUAUACUUUUCUGAUCUUUCAAGCUUAGUGAUGAGGAAGCACAAGAAAAAUUUCAGUAGUAUACAGUUUUUAUUUUGUAAACACUAAUGUAUUAAACUUGCUAUACAUUAAAGCAAAUAAUAUAUAUUUUUAUUUGAAAUGUAUAUAUGAAUUGGAUGCUCUUACUAGUUGAUGUUUUUCAUUGUGUUAGAGGUAUUUUCACUAAGCAAGGUCAAUUGGUUACCUCAGUAUUACAGCCAAUAUAGUCCAAGGGACCAUUUCCCCAAGUCUGUUGUACUUUGCUGUGUGAAGUCUGCAUUUUUGUGACUCUCAACGCUCUUGGUGAGGUGGGGUGAGUGCACCUGCUUUCUGUGGCAAUAAAGAUUUUCUUUGCCUCACA